UUAGCUGAUAUAAUGGCUUGACUCAUUAAAAUUCUUUCCAGGGUCACCACGCCCCAAAUAAAAAUCCCAAAUAAAUAACUUUUUUCCGGUGUUCCGGAUUUCUUAGGUUUGUUUCAAAACGGCGUAUGUUGUUACUUGUUAGUUGCGCUCAACGGCCCAAGGAACCUGAGAAUAACGUUGUGGACUUGUAGUUAUUUGAAUCUAACAUAAAAUAAAAAACGCUGUUGUCGUAAUGAAUAAAAAUAUUUCUUCAAACAUCAAUCUCAAUGACUAUUUGAAUCAGGUCAAUGAUGCUCAUUAUAAUCAAGAUGGAGAGGCAGUUGCUGCACUCCUGUCAUUCAGACAGCCUCAUGUUAUGUCUCACCGUCUCAAUGCUGAAAAGCCUGAGCGUGCUGUAGCCAACAUCAUUUAUCCUCCUAUGGAUGAAGUUGUUCUUGCUCAUCUCAAAGUAAUCCUAUGGUAUCGUUGUGGCAAGGUGCUGGAGAUGUGGCAGGCUCAAUGUGCCAUGGUAACGGCAGUAGCUCGCUUCAUGACAGAAAGUAAAGAAGAGAACUGGAUGUUGCCUCUGAUGAACACUGCUUGUCUAGAGCUGCGCCUCCAGAGUAUAUCGGCUGAUGCUCAGAGCGCCCGAACUGGUGCCACCAAAGCUGGAGAGCUUCUGGAGAAAACUGCUGACUGUCUGAUGGCUUGUUUCAGAGUUUGUGCUGCAGACACGCGCGCAAGUGAAAAUGACACCAAGCGCUGGGGUUUGCUGUACUUGGUGAAUCAGUUCUUCAAAAUAUAUUUUAAAAUCAACAAACUUAACCUCUGCAAGCCCAUGAUCAGAGCCAUCGAAUCCCUUGCAUUCAAAGACCAAUACCCACUCUCCCAGCUCAUUACCUACAAGUACUACACGGGCAGAAAGGCUAUGUUUGAUUCUGACUUCAAAGCAGCUAACGAAGCUCUGAGCUUCGCCUUCCAGCGCUGCCCUCGCAGAAGCCACAAGAACAAACGCCGUAUUCUCAUCUACCUGCUGCCCGUUAAGAUGCUUAUUGGCUACAUCCCUAAGAAGUCUUUGUUGUUGAAGUACAACCUGAAGGAGUUCAUGGAUGUAGUGAUGGCCGUCAAAACGGGCGAUAUCAGGCUACUCAACGAUGCAUUCGUACAAUAUGAGCGCUUCUUCAUCGGCGCCGGCAUCUAUCUCAUCUUGGAGAAGCUGAAGUCUGUAGCCUACAGAAAUCUCUUCAAGAAAGUAUUCUUGAUCAAACAGUCACACCAGCUCGACAUCGCCGUAUUUACGCAGGCUUUGAAGUGGCUCCGGAUGGAAGACAUUGACGUUGAUGAAACCGAAUGUCUCUUGGCCAAUAUGAUCUAUGAGGGAAAAAUCAAAGGUUACAUUUCGCACGUUCACAAAAAACUCGUAGUGAGCAAGAAGGACGCCUUCCCUCCAAUUGCAGCAUAAUUAAUUUAAUUCCUAAUUUUAGCUUCGUAAGUAGAGUGAUUCAGUACG